AUGCCAACCGCCGAGUCCGCCGCCUUCCUGGCCAAAAAGCCCACCGUGCCCCCGACCUACGAAGGCGUCGACUUCGAAGACAACGUCGCCGUCCACAACGCCCGCGACGCUAUCAUUCGCGAACAAUGGGUGCGCAGCAUGAUGGCUCGUCUUGUUGGUGAAGAGCUCGGCAAGUGCUAUGCGCGCGAGGGCGUGAAUCACCUUGAGAAGUGUGGUGUUUUCCGAGAGAAGUACUUCGAGCUCAUUAAGGAGCGUAAGGUUAAGGGAUACCUCGGACAGGAGAAGAACCGCUUUGGUGGAGAGUCUGCAUAA